AUGUCAUCGAAUUCGAUAGAUAGAAGUAACAGUUCUCGAAGUUGUUCUACUCGAGGAAGACAUAACUCUCGAGUUACUUCACAGGUGCUUGCUGAUGCAAAGCUACACGUGAAUUUCGAACAAUCCGAGCGUUUAUUUGACUAUUCAGCUUCAGUUGAUUUGAACAUGCCGAGUUCGUCGUACGACAUACCUUCUUCAGCUGUCUCAACUUACCUACAGAAGAUUCAGAGAGGGAUGUUGAUUCAGCCCUUUGGUUGCUUAGUAGUUGUUGAUGAGAAAAACCUCAAAGUAAUUGCAUAUAGUGAAAACACCCAAGAGAUGUUGGGACUGACUCCAUAUACGGUGCCAAGUAUGGAACAGCGGGAAGCCCUGAGUAUAGGAAUUGAUGUGAAAUCACUGUUUCAGUCUCCAGGUUCUUCUGCCCUGCAGAAAGCUGUUGACUUUGAUGAGAUCAGUAUUCUUAAUCCGAUAACACUUCAUUGUAGGUCAUCAAGUAAGCCUUUCUAUGCUAUUCUGCAUCGAAUUGAAGAAGGUCUUGUUAUAGAUUUGGAGCCUCUGAGUCCGGAUGAGGUGCCAGUGACUACUGCCGGGGCAUUAAAAUCUUACAAGCUUGCAGCCAAAGCCAUUUCGAGGCUGCAGGCAUUGCCUAGUGGGAAUUUAUUGCUGCUAUGUGAUGUUCUAGUCAAGGAAAUUAGUGAUUUGACUGGUUAUGAUAGGGUGAUGGUUUAUAAAUUUCACGAAGAUGGGCACGGGGAAGUGAUUGCUGAAUGCUGCAGUCCAGAAUUAGAACCUUAUCUCGGGUUGCAUUAUUCCGCCACUGAUAUACCCCAAGCUUCCCGAUUUCUCUUUAUGAGAAACAAGGUUAGGAUGAUAUGUGAUUGUUCAGCAGUUCCCGUUAAAGUAGUUCAAGACAAGAGUCUGUCACAGCCAAUAAGUCUUUCUGGAUCUACUUUGAGAGCUCCUCAUGGCUGUCACGCACAGUAUAUGAGUAACAUGGGCUCAGUGGCAUCUCUUGUUAUGUCUGUAACAAUCAAUGGUAAUGAUAGUGAUGAGAUGAACAGAGAUCUACAGACAGGCAGAAGGUUAUGGGGAUUAGUGGUUUGUCAUCACGCAAGUCCUAGAUUCGUGCCGUUUCCGUUAAGGUAUGCUUGUGAAUUUUUGACUCAAGUAUUCGGUGUGCAGAUCAACAAAGAAGUGGAAUCUGGUGUUCUGUGGAAAGAGAAGCGUAUUCUACAAACUCAGAGUGUGCUAUGUGACAUGCUUUUCCGGAAUGCACCUAUAGGUAUAGUUACUCAGUCACCAAAUAUAAUGGAUCUUGUUAAAUGUGAUGGAGCAGCCCUUUAUUACAGAGAGAAGCUCUGGUGCCUGGGGGUUACUCCCACAGAGACACAAGUUAGAGAUAUAAUCGAUUGGGUUCUCAAAAGUCAUGGAGGAAACACUGGCUUUACCACUGACAGUCUAAUGGAGUCUGGCUAUCCGGGUGCUUCUGUUCUUGGGGAAUCAAUUUGUGGAAUGGCUGCCGUAUAUAUUAGCAAAAAAGAUUUCCUUUUCUGGUUCCGGUCUGGCACUGCAAAACAGAUUAAGUGGGGUGGUUCAAGACAUGAUCCUAAUGACAAAGAUGGUAAACGGAUGCAUCCUAGAUCAUCAUUCAAGGCUUUUAUGGAAAUAGUUAGGUGGAAAAGUGUGCCUUGGGAUGACAUGGAAAUGGAUGCAAUUAACUCGCUGCAGCUAAUAAUAAAAGGCUCAUUGCAAGAGGAGCAUUCAAAGGCUGUUGUGAAUGUCCCUUCUGUGGAUAAUAGGGUUCAGAAGGUGGAUGAAUUAUCUGUUAUCGUGAAUGAGAUGGUCCGCUUGAUCGAUACGGCUGCUGUUCCAAUAUUUGCGGUUGAUGCCUCUGGUGCUAUAAAUGGUUGGAAUUCAAAAGCGGCUGAGGUAACUGGAUUGGCAGUUGAACAAGCAAUAGGCAAACCUAUAUCAGAUCUCGUUGAGGAAGAUUCUGCGACAACCGUUAAAAAAAUGUUAGCAUUGGCUCUCGAAGGUAGUGAAGAACGUGGUGCUGAAAUCAGGAUCAGAGCAUUUGGGCCUAAAAGGAAAAGCAGUCCAAUUCAUUUGGUUGUCAACACUUGCUGUAGCAGAGAUACGAUGAAUAAUGUUCUUGGUGUAUGCUUCAUUGGACAAGAUGUUACUGGGCAGAAAACGCUUGUUGAAAACUAUAACCGCGUGCAAGGAGAUUAUGGCAGAAUCAUGUGGAACCCUUCAACACUCAUUCCACCUAUUUUUAUGACCAAUGAGAAUGGCAUAUGCUUUGAGUGGAACGAUGCUAUGCAGAAGCUCUCUGGGAUAAAGAGGGAAGAAGCUGUCAAUAAAAUGCUUCUCGGGGAGGUUUUUACCUCAAAUGAUUACGGUUGCCGCCUUAAAGACCAUGACACAUUAACUAGACUGAGAAUAGCUUUAAAUGCAGUGAGUUCUGGCCAGAAGAACAUAGAGAAACUUUUAUUUGGCUUCCACAAUUGCGAUGGUAGCUUCAUCGAGGCAUUGCUUUCGGCAAACAAAAGGACUGAUAUUGAGGGAAAGGUUACCGGGGUCCUGUGUUUUUUGCAAGUACCUAGUCCAGAACUCCAAUAUGCUUUACAGGUUCAGCAAAUAUCAAAGCAGGCGAUGUCCUGCACCGUCAACAAAUUGGCAUAUCUCCGCCAAGAAGUGAAGAACCCUGAAAACGCAAUUUCUUUCCUUCAAGAUUUGCUACAUUCAUCUGGUAUAAGUGAAGAGCAAAAGCAGCUCCUGAGGACAACCGUUUUAUGCAGGGAGCAGUUAGCCAAAGUCAUAAGUGACUCAGACAUAGAGGGAAUCGAAGAAGGUUAUACCGAACUGGGCUGCAGUGAAUUCAGCCUGGAGGAAUCCCUGGAAACAGUGGUAAAACAAGUGAUGGAGCUGAGCAAAGAACGUAAAGUGCAGAUCAUCUGCGAUUAUCCUCAAGAGGUUUCUUCGAUGAGACUAUAUGGAGACUACUUAACGCUUCAGCAAAUCCUCUCAGAGACACUCUCAAGCAGCCUAAGAUUCACGCCUCCAUUUUCGCGUGUCUCAUUCAAGGUAAUGAUGCGGAUGGAAGCUAUCGGGAAAAGAAUGAAGAGGGUCGAGCUAGAGUUCCGGAUAAUACACCCGGCACCAGGCCUGCCUGAGGAUCUGGUAAGGGAGAUGUUUCAACCACUGCAGAAAGGAACAUCAAGGGAAGGUUUGGGACUACACAUCACCCAGAAGCUGGUGAAACUCAUGGAAAGAGGAACUUUGAGAUACCUGAGAGAGUCUGAAAUGUCUGCCUUUGUGAUCCUCACAGAGUUUCCCUUGAUUUGA